ACGAGCAACAGUUACCGUGGCGAUGUCCUCCUCCUGAAUCAGUAGGGCAAGUGUCCAGGUAUUAAAUCUGGACCGUACCGGGUAAAUACAAAACUACGACCUUUCGAGGGAGGGGAGAAGAGGGACGAGGGACGAGCUGGCGAGGGCAGUUCAGGUCUUGCCCGAAAAUGCAUGUCCUCAAAGACAACAAAGACGUGGCCUGUUUCUACACCACCAAGCACUCCUGGAGAGGAAAGUAUAAGAGAGUAUUCUCAGUGGGUACCCAUGCCAUUACCACCUACAAUCCCACUACUUUAGAAGUAACAAACCAGUGGCCUUAUGCAGACAUCAACAGGAUAGCCCCUGUGGGAAAGGGUCAGGGGUCAGAGUUCAGCAUCACUUUCCGCAAAGGCACGGGCAAGAGGUCCGAGACGCUGAAAUUCUCCACUGAGCAGCGGACUGAGCUGCUCACAGAGGCACUGCACUAUCAUACAAACUUCUCUGAUGGGAAGAAAAUUGGCAAGCGCUAUAACUGCUUUAAGCACCACUGGAGCGACUCACGGCGGCUGGUGGUGCUGGAGGUCUGCCCCUGGGGCAUCGACCAGAUCGACCCCCACACGGGCCGCCUGCUGACCUGCUACGAGUACCGCUCCAUCGAGGGCUUCGUCCUGCUCUCUGACUGCCAGGGGGGCUUCUGCAUCCUGCAUGCCGGCUUCAGCCGCCUGCACCUGUUUGCCUCGGAGAACAGGGACGAGAUAAUCUCUGGCGCCAUAGAGCAUGCUGGGAGCUGGGUGGGCGUCUCCCUGCGGCAGCGUCAGGAGACGCUGGACCUGGAGCGCUGCGCCCUGCUGCGGCUGGGGAAGUACAGCUCUGACGACUGCAUCACCUCGCUCGCCGAGUUCACCGUGCACAAGACCUCCCCCCGCCACGCGGAGCCAGUGAAGAGGAUUCUGGGGCUGACGGAGGCCUGCCUGGUAGAGAGGGACCCGGCCUCCUACAACAUUGUCACCCUAAAACCAUUUGGGGAGGUGUUUGCCCUUAUCUGUGAUGCAGAGAACCCCCAGCUGUUCACCAUUGAGUUUAUCAAGGGCCAGAUCAGACAGUAUUCAUCCACAGAAAGGGACGCUCUGAUGGCCAGCCUGCUGGAUGGGGCUCGGGCCUCAGGGAACCGGGACGUGUGUGUGAAGAUGACCCCCACCCUGCGGGGCCAGCGCUGGGGCCUCCUCAGCGUGCCUGUGGAGGAGGAGGUGGAGAGCCUGCACCUCAAGUUCCUCACUGCCCCCCCCAAUGGCAGUUUCGGGGACGCCGUGUUCAGGUUCAACGCUAACAUCUCCUACAGUGGUGUCCUACAUGCAGUCACGCAAGACGGCCUGUUCUCAGAGAACAAGGAGAAGCUGAUCAACAACGCCAUCCUGGCCCUGCUGUACCAGGAGCCAGAGCUGCCGGGGCCCAACUCUGAGCUCGAGGGCCACUUCCAGGCCAUGCGGCGGCUGGUGGCCUCCAAGGCCGGCUUCCAGGCCUUCACCCAGCAGGCCAAGUUCCGGGAGAAGCUGGGGAUGAAGACGGUGAGGGCGCUGAAGAGGAAGAACGACGGGGUGACCCACGCCGCCGUCGACAUGCUCUGUGCGCUCAUGUGUCCAAUGCAUGACGACUACGACCUCCGUCAGGAGCAGCUGAACAAGGCCUCCCUGCUCUCCUCCAAUAAAUUCCUGGAGAACCUUCUAGAAAGGUUAAUCAGCAAUGUGGAGCAGGGUGCGGGCGCGCUGGUCAUCAGCUCCAUGCUGGACUUCCUGACCUUCGCGCUGUGCGCCCCCUACAGCGAGACGACGGAAGGGCAGCAGUUCGACACGCUGCUGGAGAUGGUGGCCGAGGACGGCCGAGCCCUCUUCAAGCUCUUCCAGCACCCCUCCCUCGCCAUUGUGAAGGGAGCUGGACUGGUCAUGAAGGCCAUUAUUGAGGAGGGGGAUGAGGAGAUGUCCAGUAAGAUGCAGGAGCUGGCUCUGAGUGAGGGGGCUCUCCCCAGACACCUGCACACCUCCAUGUUCACCGUCAGCUCUGACCAGAGGAUGCUCACCAACAGACAGCUGAGUCGCCAUCUGGUGGCGCUGUGGACCGCAGAGAACCCCACCGCCAUGAACCUGAUGAAGAGGAUCCUGCCUAACGGUCUGCUGGCGUACCUGGACAGCACUGACCCCGUCCCAGAGAAGCAGAGAGGCACGAUGAACAUCCGGGACAACGUUAAACUCGCCACAGACCGGGGCGGGUGCGUCAACGCGCCGGAGUGGCAGCGGCUUGCCGGCCGGGCCGCCAAGGAGGUGGAGAGGUUCGCCAAGGAGAAGAUGGACUUGGUGCUGAUGCACUGGCGGGACCGGAUGGGCAUCGCUCAGAAGGAGAAUCCAAACCAGAAACCGGUGGUGUUGCGGAAGAGGAGGCAGAGGAUCAAGAUCGAGGCGAACUGGGAGCUCUUCUACUACAGGUUCCAGCAGGAUCACGCCCGCUCCGACCUCAUCUGGAACCUGAAGACGCGGGAGGAGCUCCGGGAGGCCCUGGACGGGGAGAUCCGGGCCUUCAGCGUGGACCGGGAGCUGGGCAGCACCAGCGUCAUCGCCUGGAACCACCAGGAGUUUGAGGUGAAGUACGAGUGCUUGGCGGACGAGAUUAAGAUCGGAGAUUACUAUCUGCGUCUGCUGCUGGAGGAGGACGAAAGCGAGGAGUCGGGGGCCAUCAAGAGAUCGUAUGAGUUCUUCACGCAGCUGUAUCACCGCUUCCUGCUGGCGCCCAAAGUGUCCAUGAAGUGCCAGUGUCUGCAGGCCCUGGCCGUCGUGUACGGCCGCUGCCACCAGGAGAUCGGGCCCUUCUCCGACACCAAGUACAUCCUGGGCAUGCUGGACCGGUGCACCGAUAGGUUGGAGAGAGACAGACUCAUCUUCUUCCUCAAUAAGCUGAUCCUCAACAAGAGGAACGUUGUGGACCUGAUAGACUCUAAUGGCAUCCGCAUCCUGGUGGAUCUCCUGGCUCUAGCACACCUGCACACCAGCCGAGCCACAGUCCCGCUGCAGAGUAAUGUGCUGGAAGCAGCACCAGACAUGAAGAGGGAGAGUGAGAAGGAGUGGUACUUUGGCAACGUGGAAAAGGAGCGGAGGGGCCCCUUCAGCUUUGAGGAGAUGCAGGAGCUGUGGAGCAGCGAGGAGCUGAAUGCUAAGACCCGCUGCUGGGCCCAGGGCAUGGAUGGGUGGCGCCCCCUACAGACCAUCCCGCAGCUAAAGUGGUGUCUGCUGGCCAGCGGGCAGGCGGUGAUGAACGAGACGGAUCUAGCAACCCUCGUCCUGAACAUGCUGAUCACCAUGUGCUCCUACUUCCCUAGCAGGGACGAGGACAACGCCAUCAUCCGGCCCCUCCCCCGAGUGAAGAGGAUGAUCAGUGACAAUGCCUGCCUGCCCCACAUCGUGCAGCUGUUGCUGACCUUUGACCCCAUCCUGGUGGAGAAGGUGGCCAACGUGCUGUACCUGGUGAUGCAGGACAACCCCAACCUGCCACGCCUCUACCUCAGCGGGGUCUUCUUCUUCAUCAUGAUGUACACCGGCUCCAACGUGCUGCCGGUGGCCCGGUUCCUGAAGUACACACACCUGAAACAAGCCUUCAAAUCUGAAGAGGCCCGUGGUCAGGACGUGGUCCAGAGGAGCGUCCUCAGCUCCAUGCUGCCCGAGGCCAUGGUCUGCUACCUGGAGAACUACGAGGCCGAGCGCUUCUCCGAGAUCUUCCUGGGGGAGUUUGACACGCCCGAGGCCAUCUGGAGCAGCGAGAUGAGACGGAUGAUGAUCGAGAAGAUCGCGGCGCACCUGGCGGACUUCUCCCCUCGGCUACAGAGCAACACGCGCUCACUCUACCAGUACUGCCCCAUCCCUGUGAUUGGCUACCCCCAGCUGGACAGCGAGCUCUUCUGCAACAUCUACUACCUCAGACACCUGUGUGACGCCACCCACUUCCCCGACUGGCCCAUCAGAGAUCCCGUGAAGCUGCUGAAGGACACCCUGGAGGGCUGGAAGAAGGAGGUGGAGAAGAAGCCUCCCUCCAUGUCUGUGGACGAGGCCUACGAGGUCCUGAGCCUCCCCCAGGGACAGGGCCCACUGGAGGAGAGCAUGAUCAGAAAGGCCUACUUUCGCCUGGCACAGAAAUACCACCCGGACAAGAAUCCGGACGGCAGGGACAUGUUUGAGAAGGUGAACAAGGCCUACGAGUUCCUGUGCACCAAGUCGGCCCGUGUCGUGGACGGACCCGACCCGGAGAACAUCAUCCUCAUCCUCAAAACCCAGAGCAUCCUCUUCAACCGGCACCAGGAAGUGUUUGAGCCCUACAAAUACGCUGGCUACCCCAUGCUCAUCAAGACCAUCACUAUGGAGACCAACGAUGAGCAGCUCUUUUCCAAGACCUCUCCCCUCCUGCCCAGCGCCACCGAGCUGGCCUUCCACACCGUCAACUGCUCCGCCCUCAACGCCGAGGAGCUGAGGAGGGAGAGUGGCAUCGAGGUGCUCCUGGAGGCCCUGUCUCGGUGUGUGACUGUGCUAACUGCAUCCAGCAAGCAAGAGGACAUGGCAGUGCAGGUGUGUGGGCACAUCUUUAAGUGUUACAGUGUGGCCGCGCAGUUCCAGGAGUGCCGGGAGAAAAUCACCGAACUUCCGAACAUCGUGCGGGACCUGUGCCGUGUGCUGUAUUAUGGGAAGGUAAUUCCCCGGGUGGCCUCCCUGGCGGUGCAGUGUGUCUCCUCUUUCGCCUCAGACUCCCUGCUGCAGCUGCAGAUGUACCGGGCCGGGGUGCUCUGGCACCUGCUGGUCUACCUGUUCAACUACGACUACACCCUGGAGGAGAGCGGCAUCCAGAAGAGCCAGGACACCAACCAGCAGGAGGUGUGUAACAGCCUGGCCAAGCUGUGCCUGGUGUCUCUGAGCUGCCUGGGCGGGUACGGGACAGGGCCGGAGGGCGGGGGAGGGGCCCUCCCAGAGAACACCAUCAUCAGGAAGAGCCUGGCUGCCAUGCUGACCCCCUACAUCUCCCGCAAACUGGGCUCCAGCUCCCCCGCUGAGGUGCUGAAGCUGCUGAACAGUAACAGUGAGAGCCCCAACCUCAUCUGGACCAACGGCACACGGGCCGAGCUGCUCGAGUUCCUGGAGCACCAGCAGGAGCGCAUCAUCAAGAGGGGAGAAUUUGAGGAGAACCUGGCGACGGAGUUUGUGUUCAGCGACCACAGCAAGGAGCUGAUCGUGGGCGAGAUCUUCGUCCGGGUCUAUAACGAGCAGCCCACCUUCGCCCUGGAGUUCCCUAAAGUGUUUGCGGCCAGCCUGCUGGACUACGUGGGCUCCCAGGCGCAGUACCUGCACACCCUGCUGGCCAUGACCCAGGCCAGCCGGCUGGAGUCCCAGCAGCACGUCCAGAGGCUGCAGUGGGCCGAGAUGGCCCUGGAGGCGCUGCGCAACGUCAUCAGGAACAACCCGGGGUCUGAAUCGGAGUGCAUUGGCCAUUUUAAGCUCCUCUUCUCCCUGCUGCGUGUCCAUGGGGCGGGCAAGGUCCAGCAGCUGGCUCUGGAGGUGGUGAACACUGUCACGACAAACCAGGAGUGUGUGAACAGCAUCUCUGAUGCCCUGGUGCUGUCUAACCUCCUGGUCCUGCUGCAGUCCCUGCCCUCCAGCAGACAGUUAGUCCUGGAGACCCUGUAUGCCUUGAGUUCCAACACCAAGAUCAUCAAGGAAGCUAUGGCUAAAGGUGCUCUGAUCUACCUACUGGACCUCUUCUGUAACUCCACCCACCCCCAGGUGCGCUCCCAGACCGCCGAGCUCUUCAGCAAGAUGAUCUCAGACAAGCUGGUGGGACCCAGGGUGCGCCUGACUCUGAUGCACUUCCUGCCGGCUGUGUUCAUGGAAGCCAUGAGGGACAACGCGGAGGCGGCCGUGCAGAUCUUCGAGGGGACGCACGAGAACCCAGAGCUCAUCUGGAACGACAGCUCCCGGGAGACCGUCUCCACCGCGGCUCACGAGAUGAUGCUGGAGCACUUCAAACAGCAAAGGGACAACCCGGACGUUAACUGGAAGCUGCCGGAGGACUUCUCAGUAGAACACGGUGCGGGGCAGGAGGAGCUGGCGGUGGGGGGAGUCUUCCUCAGGAUCUUCAUCGCCCAGCCGGCCUGGGUGCUGAGGAAACCCCGGGAGUUCCUGGUGUCUCUGCUGGAGACGCUGACUGAGCUACUGGAGAAAAACAACCCCAAUGGGGAGGCCUUGGAGAUGGUCACCACGGCGGCCGUGUGUCUCUUCAGCACUCAGACGCAGCUGGCUGACCAGGUGCCCCCCCUGGGUCACAUGCCCCGCGUGCUGGGGGCCCUGGGGCACAAGAACAACGCCGUGCCCAAGAGCUGCAUCCGCCUCAUCCACGCGCUGUCCGAAAACCAGCUGUGCGUGUCCUCCAUGGCGUCUCUGGAGACGAUCGGGCCUCUGAUGAGUGGGAUGAAGGUGCGGGCGGACAUGGUGGGGCUGGCCUGUGAGGCUCUCAACCACAUGUUUCACCGAGAACAGACUCACCUGGUGGCUCAGGCUCUGAGGGUGGGCCUGGUUCCGUAUCUGCUGCAGCUGUUGGACGGCGUGGGCCUGGAGAACCUGGAGAACCCGUCUGCCACCAAAGCCCAGAUCGUCAAGGCGCUAAAGUCCAUGACCCGCAGCCUGCAGUACGGAGAGGAGGUGAAUGAACUCCUGUCACGGUCCACGGUGUGGAAAGCUUUCAAAGACCAGAAACAUGACCUGUUCAUCUAUGAGUCUCAGGCAGCUGGGUAUCUGACAGGUCCCGGAGUGGCAGGCUAUCUCACAGCUGGGACCGGCUCCACGGUGCUGUCCAGCGUCCCGCCCCCCGUGGACUCUGAGAACGCAGAUUUGGGCUGACGGGUCCGCCCCACGGACGGGAGGACAGACAGACAGACAGACAGACAGCCCCUCUGAGGUGGGCUGCAGUGCUCACACCACGCAUGGCACACGGAGGAAGGGGCAGUUUGCAGUUUUCGGGAGGCUGAGACCAGUGGACCGCUACCACCAAGAAUGCCUCAUUCCUCCCAACCAGCACCAGCUUUUUAUAACACCGAUUUUUCUGAUUGAAGAUACUUUUUUUGGGCUCUUUUUUUCUUUGAAUCAAGAAGAUUGUCUGUGACUCCAUUUUAUGUACAUUUGUGUGAACCCCUUCCUCAGCCUUAAAGUAAAGCCCCUGUCUGGUUGAGAGCUCACGCCUGCACAAGAGUCUGCAGGUUUUCACUUUCCAAACUUAAAAUCUGACAGGAGAAAAUAUAAAUAUUUUUUCUACACAAGAGCCUAAAACGUGGACAGAAUAGAGGCAUCUGUUCCUGUCCCUGAUGAUCAAGACCUGGAAGCCCCUUUCUGGUGUUAAUGUGUCUACUCCUCUCCUACAUCCUUCUUUAACAUUCUUUUCUCUCUCAGGCGUGCAGAAAGCACGAGAAUAAUUAUGCUGAUUUUUAAAACUACUUUACCAUCUCCAAAGGCAUUUUGUAUAAAAUAAUGAAUGGUAAUUUGUACUUGUAUAAGUAAGAAACAAUAGCGCUCUAAUUGAAAACAUAUUUCUACAAUACGUGGACAAUUUAUGCAUAUAUUCAGUUUAUAUUGAGAAGAUUAAGUAAAUUUGUAACACAUAUUAAGUAAAUUUGUACAUAGUUUAAAAAAUAA